ACGAGAUCAGAGACUGAAGACGAUCGAUUCGAAAAGUCGAAGAAGAAGAAGAAGAAAAACGACGCCCGUUGGGUAGAGUUUGCUCGAUUUAUAAACCAGAAAAGCUGCCGAACCUAUUCUUCGAACCCUAAACGGGCCGGCUCAAAUUUCCCAGGCAUUGCAUAUACUCCUCCGAUUCUCUCCGCCGUUCAUCCGGAAUCUUCAUCUCCGACUUAUUCUACCUUCCUAUACUCCAGAACCGAAGCUACUCUAACACCACAGAAGCAAGACAAUGCGUGGAAGCACUGUGAGAUUUACAAAUACGGCGACAGGCUUCAGAUGAGGUGUCUCUACUGCCGGAAAAUGUUCAAAGGCGGCGGAAUCACCAGGGUCAAAGAACAUCUCGCCGGUAAAAAGGGACAAGGAACCAUCUGCGACCAAGUCCCCGGAGACGUCAGGCUCUUCUUGCAGCAGUGCAUUGACGGAACCGUGAGACGCCAGAGGAAGAGACGCAACCCAAGCUCUGAGCCUUUGUCUUUGCCUUCUUGUGACGCAGAGACGAUGAUUGUUCAGGGUGAUGUCAACAACGGGUUUGCAUCUCCGGGGAGCUCGGACGUGGUUCUGCAAAACGAAAACUUUUCCGGUAGCAGAACGAAGCAGAGGACUUACCGGAGCAAAAAGGCUGCUUUCGAGAACGGUGGCACGAGCAACAGUCACGACAUGGACAAUCUGAUCCCUGUCGCGAUUAGUAGCGUCAAGAACAUUGUGCAUCCUUCAGUAGUUUGUUCGGAGAAGAAGCCUGCGAUGGGGGAAUCCGAAAGUGGAGAUGGGACACUAGACCCGUUAUCACACAGCAAGAUGGAUGUUCUUAAAGAAUGGGUUUCUGGAGACGAAGCUUGUGUAGAAGAAAAUGGAAUCUCAGACUGGAAGUUGCUUGAGUCUGUUAAGAGGACACAAGUAGUACAGAUGAUCGAUGAAACUGAUGACUUGUGCUCAGGUUUCGAUGAUCCUGAGAUAUUCAAGGUAGAGAAAGAAGUGAGAGAUGAAGUUUAUUACACAACAAACACAUCCGAGAAGGUCUUCGUCGGGUCUUCCUAACUUAGAGGAAGCUGUUUGUAGUCAUCGGUUUGUAAUUUUAGUGUCUUACCCUUUAGAUAUAUUCCUCACUGUAAGAAGUUUUCAGUAUUUCUUCUUCUUCUUACUCUUAUUUAUUAGGUUUCAAUUAGAGUUUUGGUGUUAUUGUCAUUUUCUGUCCAGAUUUUAUAUUAUUUGCCAAAAUACAUUUUGCUUAUCAAUCCAAAUGCCUCAUCACUUUCAUAAAUU